AUGCAAGACGUUACUUCACUGCCAACAUUUAAUGAGAACGGAGGCCGAAAUUCAUGCAUUGAAGAAACUGAUUAUGAAAUACAAUCAAAACCAACAACGCCACAGUUAGAACAACAACUAGGUCAGCCUUUUCUACCUCCAUUAAGAUACGAUCAUGUACUUAAUCAUAAAAUACCACAACGACAAACGAAAUUACAUAACUAUGCACCGCCAGUUUCUGAUCGCGAAGGUUGGUGGCGUAUUACAAUCAAGGAUUCACCAAAUCCUGGUACAUAUGAUACACAUUUAAAUACGUUCAUUAAAGAAAUGAUAUCUCGCCCAAUGACCUAUGGUUUUAAAAGUGACGGACGACGACGUGAUCCACAACCAUUAGAACCUAAAGGAAAAUUUCUACUACCCGGGGCAUAUUCAGUAGAAGAUUUUGUUGAAAGAAUGCAUCAACUUCGACUUUCCUAUGGUUUCAAAGGUCCUGACCGACAAGGUCUUUUAGACAAAUCCAUGGCAGUUAAUCAAGAUAAGAAUAUCGAUGUUCCACCAGGAUUAUAUGAAACACAAAAAUAUCAAACAUUUGAUAGUGCUGUUGAAUCGAGCAGACACAGCGUUUUUAAAUCGAAAACUACACGUAAAAUAUUUCUUCCAAAAAUUGGUCCAGCACCUGGCGAUUAUGAACCGAAAACUAGUGUGACCAAUGAGCAUAGUCCAAACAUAACAUCCGCAUUUCGUAGUAGUACGAAUCGCUUUCAUGUAAAAUUAUCAAAAAUACCUGGCCCAGGAACUUAUGAAAAAUUGGCGAAUUUUCCUCCACCAAAACAACUCAAUAAAUUAUCGAUGCGUGGAGUAUUUUUUAAUGCUAACUUUGCAAAUCAAGCGACAAAUCCUAUUUAA